AUGGCAAUUUGCGAAGAAGUAGAAUACAUGGACGUGUCGUUAAAUUCGGAAAAAAAUGAAACAACAUCAUUUGGCAAAAAAUUUCAUGUUAACCGCACUCCAACUCCUUUAAAACCGUCACGUCACUGGUGCAUGUCUACAGAACUCUUGCGUUCGCAAUACAAAACUAACAACGUCCGCAAAACAAAAGUUUAUAAUCCUUUUAAUGACAACUUAAUGCAACGAUUAGGUGAGACAACAAUCAGCCCUACGGUAUUUGCUAAUGCAAAAAGUCCAGGGCAAGAAGUAGAGUUUGGAUGGAAUAUUGACGAUGUCUCCAAACUUUACCCAGUGCACAUAGAAGAUGAACACAUAGUCGACGACGAUCAAGUUGAUGAUGAAACAGAAUCCAAGUUACAAGAGACUAUAGACAAGUAUUUUUAUACAACACAUAAAGUUCCUAGCCCUUGGAAUAAUCAAGUUAUUGAUUGGGAAGCUCAUAAAAAUUCAUCGUCUACACCCAUAUCAAAUAAACAAAACCAAAAAUCUAUAUCAUAUACCCGUGAAGUUUCAACACAAACAAAUUUAAGUUUUCCUUCCAUAUUACCUGAUCAUGUUGAAGAAAUACUAAAACCUUACUUCUUGAAUUCAACUCAAAAUUUUGAAGAAGAAAUAAGUCCUACAAAAGAUAACUCAAAUUUACGUCGCAAAUUAUUUUUUAUGAAUGAUAAUGAUGACCCAAUUUCUCCAGUAGAGAUACGCAGAAAUAGAAAACAGUCAUUUAGUCCAUUAACAAAGUGUUUUAACAAAACCAUUAAUUCAAAAGGUCCAGUUCUUGGAAAUCAUUUAGGUGUACAAGAACUACCUAUAGACUGUCACAUUCCUAUUGAUGUAUCUCCGAUAAUAAAUAAAAACGAUAGAGAAAAUACUCCACCCAAUAAUAAAAAUAAAGAUUUUAUUUUUUUGACUCCGGUAUCAACAAUGUCAAUGCCAAAACGACGACGCACUGAGAAGAGUAGUUUGAUGAUGGAAAGUAGCUCAGAUACUGGUUACCAAACUAUGACUAUGAGCAUUAAGGAAAUGUCUAGUAUGGCACCAUUUGGACAUAGUUCCAAAAAUACAAUGUUUACUGCAUCUACACCCACAGAACGAUGA